AUAAUCGAUUUAAAACAGUCGUUGUAAAGGCUCGAGCAACGGUUUGGGGAAUUUUGUCAUUUUUCUGCGAGUCGAUCGAGUCCAGGUCGUAGGAUGUGUUGUUUGUAAUAAAACCUGCUUGAAAAUUGGAUUUUGCCUGCUAUAUUAUUCCCAGAACACAAUCCUGCUAGUCCUAGUAGCUACUCCGGUCACCGAUGCAAAAUGCCACUUCUCCCUGGAAACAAGUUCAACACCAAGAAGACCCCUCCUCGACGAUCAUUGUCACUCAACAACCUCAACAAGCUUGAGAGUUCCAUCCGAGAGGAAGAGUACGGCAUAGACUAUGGCCAACCGGCCAUGCGUAUUGCGGGCCAGGUUAUUAAAUUUGACACAGAAAAUGGCAUCUGGAUAUCAGAAAAAUCUGGCAGCAGUGGCGGCGUCAGCCAGAAGGAAUUCAUCAAACUUAGGAAGCGGAACGAGUCACUCGUUGAGGAGAAUAACCUGCUAAAGCUGAAAAUCGAAAUACUGCUGGACAUGCUGACAGAGACAACUUCUGAGAAGCAGGAACUGGAACAAGACCUGGAACACUACGGAUCAGGAAGCAAGAAAUCAAACAGAAAAAGAUGAUUACAGACCAAAUUAAGUUGACUGUUGACUGAGAUUGGAGGUGGGUGUCACCCAACAAGGAACCUCUGCAAAUGCUCCUAGCCCAUGGGAAUAACACCAGUUUUGUUACACUGCUUCUGCACUUGGACUUCAAUACUAAUUUGUAUGCAACAAAGAUUGUCACAGAUGGUCUAGUAGCCCCUGGCAAUUAAUAGUUUAUUCCAUCAGUGAUUAGUGGCACUCAUACUCACAUGAGUUACCUGAUACCUUGUGGAGCUACCAACUCAUAGGAUUAUAUCAUAUUGCCAGUGUUGAAGUACCAAGACCAGGACUCAUGCGGAAGUACUGGCAUUACACCAAGCAGUUAACGGCAAUACUCCUGAGCCAAGAGAACGAAGUAGUGAACCAGUGUUGGAGCUUAAAGGUUUUUCUUCUUUUCUUGUUGUAUUUACCUGUGACCUGUGUUCUACUUGAUUCAAGUGUUAAAUUACAAGUGUGUCCUGUUUUGUAUUCAAGGUUGUGUUUUUAUGGACUUCAGAAUAACAUCAAGCAGAGUUGAAAUAUGUAUUUAUUUUUAAAGGCUACUGAAAUGAGAUUUUGCUCAGUUUUUCCAAAUUCCUCAUUAUUUGCAGUUGAAGUAAUUAAGCGUUUACAUGAAAGGUUAGCAAACACUGCUGCUUUCUGAUAAUUUUCCCUUAGGAUUGUACAGUGUAUCAGUAACCUUGGGAGUUUGAUCAACUGACAAGGAAACUGUCAUUACAAAAAUAUCCCACAGGACUCGAAGGACAAUUUGUAACUAAGUUUACAAGCUGUAACAGGUGACAACCAAGAGAAAAGUACUUUACCAAGUGAACAAUUAGAAAAUGUAAAUUUUGCAAAGUUCCAAGCUGUUUCAACUUUGUUAAAUUAAAUAAUUAACCUUGUAAAAAUGUAAAGUUAUACAUGUGAAUGAUUUGCAGAAUCAUUAAAGUAAAAUCUCUCGAAACAA